ACAUACCUGGGUGAGUUGCAGAGCUCCUGCUCCAAGGCCAUGCUACACAAGAUGGCCGACGCACAUGGACCUGCCCUACAAGGCCAGCAACACCCAACUUACUCACUUCUGAGGUGCAUGGCCACACUGGAUGCCGUCUUUGAGAUCUUCUGGGCGAAACUGGAGUCCCGCUCGAGAAUGGCGGAAAUGGCUGGUCGAACAGCAUGGGAGGCUGGGAGGCGGCAUGGAGAGGAGCUGCAAAGGCCCCAGCUGGGUAAGGAGUUUCCUGACAUAGUGGCAACUGAACACGCAC